AUUUUUCAUCAUCACAGAUGUCUGAUUCACCACAACAAGAAACUCCAGUUGCUGAAACUGUUCAAAAGCAACCAAGAGAAAAGAAGGUCAAACCACCAAAAGAACCAAAGGCUCCAAAACAACAACAAGGAUCUUCAGCUGCCGGAAACAAACAAAACGAAGGUGUUGAUGUCAAGAAGGCUGAAAACUUCUCUGAAUGGUAUACUCAAGUUAUCACCAAGAGUGAUUUCCUUGAUUACUAUGAAGUCAGUGGAUGUUAUAUCUUUAGACCAAAUUGUUUCUAUGUCUGGGAAAAGGUACAAAACUUCUUUGAUGGUCACAUUAAAAAGUUGGGCGUUCAAAACGUAAUGUUCCCAAUGUUUGUUACCAAGAGAGCUCUCGAAACUGAAAAGGAUCACGUUGAAGGAUUCUCCCCAGAAGUUGCUUGGGUUACAAAGUCUGGUAACUCUGAUUUGGAUGAACCAAUCGCUUUGAGACCAACUUCCGAAACUAUUAUGUAUCCAUCAUAUGCCAAGUGGAUUAAGUCUCACAGAGAUUUGCCAUUAAAAUUGAACCAAUGGACCAACGUUGUUAGAUGGGAAUUCAAACAUGCCGUUCCUUUCAUUAGAUCAAGAGAAUUCUACUGGCAAGAAGGUCACAGUGCUUUCAAGAAUUUCGAACAAGCUAAAACUGAAGUUUAUGAUAUUUUGGAAUUGUACAAGAGAACUUAUGAAGAAAUUUUGGCUGUUCCAGUCAUUAAGGGUAAGAAGACUGAAGCUGAAAAGUUUGCUGGAGCCGAUUUUACAACAACUAUUGAAGCUUUCAUUCCAACAAAUGGUAGAGCUGUUCAAGCUGCCACAAGUCACCACUUAGGUCAAAACUUCUCUAGAAUGUUCAAGAUUGAAUUCGAAGCUGAAGAUAAGAAGAGUAAGCUCGUCUAUCAAAAUUCAUGGGGUUUGUCAACUCGUUCAUUGGGUGUUAUGAUCAUGGUCCACGGUGAUGACAAGGGUAUGGUCUUGCCACCAAGAGUUGCUUUCACUCAAGUUGUUCUCAUUCCUCUCUACUUUAAGAAUAAGGAUAAUAGUGAAUUGGAAACAAAGUCAAAGACAAUUUUCGCUCAACUUGAAGAAAAUGGAGUUCGUAUCAAGCUUGAUGAUCGUUUGGAAAAGACUCCAGGUUGGAAGUACAAUUAUUGGGAACUUCGUGGUGUUCCUUUGAGAAUCGAAAUUGGUCCAAAGGAUUUGGAAAAUGGUGUAGCUAUGCUUUGUAGAAGAGAUAAUGGUGAAAAAUGGUCAGUUCCUCUUGAACAACUUACUGCUCAAUACGUCAAUGAGAUUUUGGACAAGAUUCACAAUUCCAUGUUGGAAAAGGCUAGAGAAGUAAGAAAUCAAAGAAUUUCUGUUGCUAGGACUUGGGAAGAAUUCAUGACUGCCCUCAAUGCUGGUAAUUUAGUUUUGAUUCCAUGGCGUCAAACUCACAAAGAUGAUGUUGUUUUGGAAGAUCUCUCUGAAGAAGAACGUAAGGAAUAUGAUGCCAAGAUUGAAGAAGAAAAGAAGGCUGAAGAAUACAUUAAGGAAAGAUCCAAGAAGGAAAGCGCCAUGUUGAGUGAUUCUGAUUCUAACACUGGAUUGACUGGUGCUGCCAAGUCAUUGUGUGUUCCUCUUGAUCAAUCUAUUUAUCCAUCAUUGGGUGAUUGUGAAGUCUUCUGUCCAGAAUUAUCUGACAGAAAGCCAAACAAGUGGGCUUUGUUCGGUAGAUCAUAUUAAAUUAUUCAUAAAGUUUUAUCAAUAAACUUGAGAUCGAUUUGGUAA